AUGGAGACCUUGGAGAACAGUGAACUUUGCUUCCCGCAUCUCUUCAACGCCUCCUGCAGGAAGCCGAAGCGUUCUCAAACUGAGGCUGUGGUGAUUUUCAUCCUGCUGUCCUUUGUUUCUCUGCUCACUGUGUUCCUCAACCUGCUGGUCAUCAUCUCUAUCUCCCACUUCAAGCAGCUCCAAACUCCCACCAACCUCCUCCUCCUCUCUCUGGCCGCCUCAGAUUUCCUCGUUGGUCUCCUCAUGUGCUUUCAGAUUAUGCUCAUAGACGGCUGCUGGCUCCUCAGUGACCGUGUGUGUGUCACGUAUCAGUAUUUUGCAUAUAUCAUCACUGCUGCCUCAGUAGGAACCAUGGUGCUCAUAUCUGUUGACCGCUACGUGGCUAUUUGUGAUCCUCUGUUGUACUCCACAAAAAUCACAAUGAAAAGAGUUAAGAUCUGCAUUGCUUUGAUUUGGUUUUGGUCUUUUGCUUUCCAAACUAUGAAUCUGGGUGAUAAUCUGAUUGAACCAGGCAGGUAUAACAGCUGCAUCGGAGAGUGCAUCAUUGCCGUGAACUACAUUGCCGGGCUUGCAGAUCUCAUAUUGAACUUCAUAGUUCCUGUUACUGUUAUUGUCGUGUUGUAUACAAGAGUGUUUGUGGUGGCAGUGUCUCACGCUCGUGCCAUGCGGUCCCAGAUUGCAGCCGUCACACUAGUAACUGUUAAAAGGUCAGAGAUUAAAGCGGCCAGGACUCUCGGAGUUGUUAUAGUUGUGUUUCUCAUGUUUUUCCUCCCGUUUUACUUCGUCACUGUUGGUGGUGAAGACACUGUGAUCAAUUUUUCAACCGCUGCUUUUGUCAUAUUUAUGAUCUUUUCAAACUCCUGUUUGAAUCCUAUAAUCUACGCCUUUUUCUACCCCUGGUUUAGAAAAUCUGUCAGACUUAUUGUGACACUGAAGCUGCUGCAGAGAGACUCAUGUGAGGCCAACCUGCUGUAGAAAGGUGCAUUUGUUGCUUGACUGUUUCUAUUCUACAUGUUGACCAAAUUAUUUAUUUCUUAGAUAAGUCUGUAUCUUUAAUGGCGAUGUUUGUACGUCGCCAUUGAAGAAGAAGAAGACAUUUUGUGACUAAAACACAUUCAAAGAUGAAGGUCAGUGAAGGUCAAAUGUUAACGGCAAAUGCAUAGAAAUUACUGUUAGUGUUAACAUAUUUUUUUCUGGAAGGUUCUGGAGUCAAAUGAAGUAAACGUGCUUUAUGGAAAUGUGCGUAGAAACUGGCCAUGCAAUAAAAAAAACAAAAAAAAACCUUAAAUAAAUGUUAGUUUUUUUAAGUAUAGCUGACUCAUCAUCACUUUGACUGGAGUCAACACACGAUGCAUACUCUGUGGAUUACUUUGUGAAUAAGACUACUGUGGUUACACCUUAGACACUGUGGCCUAACUCCUGCAAUGAUACAGAGCUGGAGAGACAGACUGAUGAGUAACAAGAGUAAAACAUUAUUAAUCAUUACUUGAUCUGUCAUUUUCAGGAGAAAGAAAAUGGUGCACUAACAUAAACA